AUGGGCAAAGCAUUGGCAUCUUACUUGGCUAAUCCUUGUGUUAAUUUCGUAAAUCAUUUCAUUGUUUUUAUGCCAGUUAAGAAGAUGAUUGAUGUGCUGAAGCGUGCCCUUGGUGAUGGGCCUGCCAUCUAUCGUCGCCUAGUAACUAUGUAUCCUUUGAAUUUGUACAGUGGUUAUGGUCCUUGCUUGUUUAGUGUUGCAAUUUUCCUCUUUGUGACGCGCUCUCCUAACAUUCAUACCUCCGAUUUCCCAAAAUGUAAAAAUGGCGACAGUGCCUGUCUGGUAAAGACGGCCAAUGAAGUUGUUCAUAAAUAUCAUACCGGUAACAGGGAUGUAAAUCUAAUACCAUUCGAUCCAUUGCGUGUUAAAGUUUUCGAAUUGGAAAAGAAUCCCUCAAGUCCAGUUAAUGUUGGUUUCAAAUUUAACGAUAUCGAGGUAUAUGGAUUGAAAAAUAUGCAUGUCACUGCAUUUGAUGGACUAAGGGCCGACAUGAAGGGACGUAACAAUUUCGAGGCUACCGUACCCGAAGUAAUAAUUAAGGGUCAUUAUCAAUUGGAAGGACGUGUUUUAUUACUGCCCGUGGUUGGUAAUGGACAAAGUGAAAUUAAAAUAAAAAAUGUUAAAAUCAAAUAUGCAUUUGAUUUCAAACCUGUCGUAAAGAAUGGCAAAACCUAUGGCACACUGGAACAUGUCAAAAUGGAAUUAUAUCCAGGAGAGACUCAUUUCCAUUUCGAUAACCUGUUCAAUGGCGAUAAGGCGUUGGGUGAUAAUAUGAAUGGAUUUAUCAACACUAAUUCCAAGGAGAUUACAAACGAGUUAAUACCUAGCUUUACAAAAUCCCUGAGUUUGCUGGUGAAACAAAUGAUUAAUGCCUUCUAUGAGAAACAUCCAUAUUGUGAUCACUUCUUGGAACCAUGUGACAUUUAG